CACAUACACGCCGCCGCCCCGAUUCAUCCGAACUUCGCAAUCUGGAUUCACAUUUACGAGGGCCCAUCCUCGGCACAGAAGAAGAGGUGCUGAAUUCUCCAGGAAAGGCGGAAGCUCGACGCUCGACGCAUUGGCGCUCGACGCUCGACGCAUUGGCGCUCGACACUUGGCACAGCACCAGACGGCGGGCGCAGGGACACACAUAGAGCGGUGCUUAAUUUCCAAUCGUGAAUUCCACUGCACUCGCGACUCAGCUGCAAGGCUUGGCUACGAGCCAUUGAUUGCGCGACUCGAUCAAGUGCACGCACCCGCCGCACAUCGCACGCACCUCCCCUCCCUCCAAUCAUUUCAGGUCAGCAUGUCAUCCCCAUCCUUACUGCCUCUUCUCUCCUCUUUCCUAGGUUGGUCCUACUUUCUUCUUUGGUCCGCCUCUUUCUGGCCCCAAACAUUGCUCCUGCUCAAGCGACGUACCUCUGCCGGUCUAUCCUCCGACUUUGUCCUGCUCAACACGCUCGGAUUCUUUUGCUACACGCUGACCACUCUGGCUCUAUUCGGCAAUGCUCGAGUUCGAGAAGAGUAUGCAUUGCGACAUGGGGGACAAUACCCGGAGCAGCACACCAACGAUGUGGCUUUCGCCGUGCACGGUCUGGUACUGUGCGUAGCUCAGGCCAUCAUGGCUGCCAUCUUUCCCAAGGCACCCGGCCAAAACGUUGCUCGAUGGGCCUGGUCCGUAUUCGGCCUUCUAUCCACCGCUCUCAUUCUCGCCGGCAUCGUGGCCACAGCGAGCGACCAGGGAGACUUGCCACCCGGAGAUAUCGGCGAUGGAAAUCCAGACGAGGCCAAUCUGGCUGGGUGGAGGUGGAUCGACUUUAUCUGGGUCUGCAGCUCCAUCAAGCUCAUCAUCACCAUUCUCAAAUGGCUCCCUCAAAUCGCGCUCAAUUACAGACGCCGCUCAACUAGAGGCUUUGCUGUGACCAACGUCAUUCUGGAUCUGGGAGGCGGUAUCCUGAGCCUGGCACAAAUAGCUGUAGACGCCAGGAUCCUGGGCAGCUGGAGGGCCGUAACCGGCGAUCCAGGAAAGAUCGGCCUGUCCCUUUUGACACUCAUCUUUGACGUCAUUAUCAUCUGGCAGCACUACGUGCUGUACGGACCUGCAAUCGUGCAGGACGAAGGAGCGCUAAAUUACGAUUGGAGCGAUGAGAGGCGAAGGGAAGAGCAAGAGCGAGGGCUAAAUGCGGAGGCCAGGCGUGAAGUCGACGUUGAGGACGAGCGAAGCGCUCUGCUUGGCAAUUAAGCCCGAGAUCGUACAUCCUUGACUACUUCCCAUGUAGAUUCUUGCUCUGCAUUUCCCCGUCAGCCGGAUCAGCAUGUCAGCCCACUUUUAGAAUGCUAGCAGAUGGAACACGAUUCAUGAUCGC